AUCGUAAAUAUAUACACAUCUUUAUAAAUGAUUAAAAUAUUUCAUCAUCACACAUGCCUACUAAUAUUCUACUCGGUCCACCAAUUCAGCUAAUUGACUGGAAUAGCGAAAUUACUCGUCAUAACUGAAUCUGGCUCGAUAAUCACGAGAACCGCGAAGUCGACGAGAGUUCUAGGACUCACGCAAUUUAUCAAGCACCUAGUGAGCAUCACACUAGCACAUUAAUUAAUUCCAUCCAUCGACUCAAUCAAUUAAAGAAAUAACGAACUAGAGAAUGGUUACCGAUUCAAUUAAAAUUCCAAGCAAACGUUGCUGAUUCUUGUUUAGGCCUUGUGUCAAGCACUUGGUAGGUACUAUACGAACUUCACGCACACCACCAUCCAAUCUUUGGACAUCUUUUCUUGGGGAUGCUUUUGUCCGUGCGAUCACAAUUUGAAGACAGCACGUAGGGACUAGCGUCGAAGCGAGGCGAUGGAACAACGAUGACGUGGUGGUGUAGCGUUGAAGGAGCUCGGCGUGAUGGCGAAUUGGAGUUCGACGGAGACGGAACCGAUUAUCGAACAGAAAUUGCGCAGAUCGACGACGCGAGACUCGAUCUGGCGAGCACGACGUAAGGGAUCGCAGCUGCUGCUUAGACAUGAAUUACUUGCUACCGAGCACGACGGAGGCCGGGGAGCAGGAACGCUGCGCAGCGAAACCCACGGUUGCGCGCAGGGGUGAACUCGGUUGGGCGCGGCGAUUGGAGCAGGCGGCCACUGGGGCAGCGCCCAGGCACGCACGACGAGAAUCCAAGCAGGGCCAGUGCGCAGCGACCAUGGAAAAGAUCCGAGCUGGGCUACGGAAGCUGGAGGGCGAGCAGGAAAAUCCGGGCUGGGGCAUCACGGUCUGCUGCGCAACCAUGGAGACAAGCAAAGGGAGCAGGGCGCCGCAGGGAAGGAGCUGGGGACUAGGCACAUGGCUGGAAGAGGCUCGGCGCGCAGAGGAAGCUCCGGCACCAGGGAGGAAGACGCGCAUGGCGCUGGGCGCGGUCCGAGCAGAGGCUAGCCAGACACGCGGAGCGAGCAGGGAGCAAGCCCGGCGCGCGACGCAGAGGAAAAUCAAGCUGAGGAGCACCGAGCUGGAGCUCCGAACAGGAGCAAGGAGAAGGGAGGGGCGCGACGCUGGGCAGGAGCAGGGAGGGAACUCCGGCGCAGGGAGCAGGGCGCAGGAGGAACAGAGGCCGAGCUCGGUGAGCUGCGCGCAGGGAAGUUAGGCGCCGAGCUCGCGCGCAACGCAGGGAAGAGCUCGAGCGUGCCAUGGCGAGGGAGCAGGAGUGCGCUGGCUGGGGAAGAAGCUGGGCACGAGCAGGCACCUGGGCGCGCGGCAUGGAGGGGCCGAGCAAAACGCGGCAAGCUGAGAAGUCGCGGCGCAGGAAGUUUGGCCGGUGAGAGCGCGCGUCAGGGAGGAACGAGCAGGGAGGAGGGAGAAAG